AUGUUGAAAUGCUUGGAACCGCUAUCACGAAAGCUUCAAUUCCUAGGUUUAGGACUGAUGAUACGGUUAUGUAUAACAUAUGUGGGUAAGUGUUAAAUUUAAACGUAGUUGUUAAAAUUUUUGUAAUGGACUAAUUCUAAAAUUUUACAUUACAGUAAUCUCGGUACAUUAUGACUUCAUUUACUUGGGCGAUUUGAUGGACUUUGUGGUCUUGAAUCUGAUGUCAUUUCGAACCUAUUGCUAUGUAUUUGUGGUUUUUGGAUUUAUCGUCAUAGCUGUAGAUGUGUUUACUCUUGCAGUUACUAUGUUACAGCCAUACGUGGCUAUACGAUGGCUCAUAGUAACGUCUUUGAUUCAUUUUCUUAUUGUUGUGCCUUUGAUCAGUUUUUGUGAGUUUGAACGAGUUUUUACUGAUAGUUUAGCCUAAAUUUAUUAUUGUUUUGGGGCGAAGAUUCAGAAGAAUGCCAUGCUUUACUUUUUUUAAAUUUGCAAAAACUUUCUUUACAGUAAAACGGUUUUCAGCAAUGUAUUUGGGCUUUUCGUCCGAUCGGAAACUAAGUCAUUACGACGUGGGCUGGAAAGGAUAUUUUACUGAUUUGGCUGAUGCUUGUAAUGCUGAAAGUAGUAAGAGCUCGGACGCAUUGCUUGAAAUCAUGAUUACGUCUUACAAACAUAUAUCGAACGUACAACAGACCUUUCAAUGUUGUGGAUGGAAUAUGCCUGAUGAUUACUAUAUCGACUUUUGCCCUCAGAUUCACAUGGUUUGGUUUUUUUUGUAAAUGUUAUAAAAAAUAGCCAUGUCAUUUGAAAAGAAUAUUAAUUUUUUUUUCACAUCAAAAAUUAUGUUAUUGUAUUAUUUCUAAAAUUGUUACUUUUUCAGAACGAUUCAGCACCUUACCCAUGGUGGGCAGAAAACUCUAACCAAAAAUACGCUCCCAGUUGUUGUCCAUUGCCCCAUUAUGGUGACAAUUGUACCUUGGGUACAAAAGAAAUGUGGUACUUCGAUGGGUGUUCUGACGCCAUCUAUCCUUAUUUGUACCGCAUUUUGUUGGUAAGUAAUUCCAUGAAUUUAAAAAGCUUAUAACUUUAUAAAGUAGAUAAGUUUUAAUUUUUUACGGUGUAUAAGUUGUUUACCAUAACCUUUUUAGACAUCUUGCUUCACAUACAUUGCGGCCGAAAUAUUCUCAUUGAUUACACAAAUCAUUUUUGUCAUUUUGAUGUGGGAUGCUCAGGAAUCGACUCAAGAUAGUUAUGUAAGUUUUUUAUAAAAUCUAAAAAUACUUAUAUUUGGCAUUGAAAAGAUGCCUUAUUCUAUAAUCAUUAUCUUAUUAUUCUAUAAUCAUUAAUUCCACAUUAAGAAAUUGCCAGAAACCGCAAAAACCGCUCCAGAUGGUCGACAAAAACCAACGUCAGUAAAAGAACAAUCCUAUAACAAUGUUUCUCAAUCCAAGGAACCCACAAAACCUCAGAAGGAGAAAGAAGAAGGUUCCCAAAAGGAAGCAAAGUAUCAAGAAGACAAAUCAGGCAAAGAAGAAUCACUGAAGGAUAGUCCAGUCGACAACGAUACCCCUGAAGAGAAUUCGCACGGCGGUCAGAAAACAGAAGAUUCAGAAAAAUCUAAGUAG